CUUCUAAUUAGAAACGUUAAAUUACUUAUAAUGCAACUGUUUGCAAAAAUAUUUCUAAUCGUGUGCAUAUCGAAAAACGUAAAUGGCGAAUUUGGAUUUUGUGACAAUGAAAAUGUAAGCAAAGUUACAUAUAAAAAUUAGUAAAAGUGCAAUUAUAAAUGAUUCAAAUUUAUAUAAAAUACUUAUAACAGAUAUAAUGUUGUUGAAAGAGUGCAAUGCUAAUGAAAUUAUGUUUUCCGAUGCCGCAUCCACUGAUUUGAAUACAUUAGUUAAGCAUGCAAUACAAUAUUUUAGUGAAUUAAAUAAAAAAUACGACAAAAAAAUUAAUGAAAUUUCAUCCGAUAUUAGUUAUGUUAAAAAGUCUUUACUAAUGGUUGGCGAAGAUUCACCCAAUUGUCUUAAGCCACCUCCGCAGCAAGCAGAUAUUGAAACAACAACUGAUAAUCAUUUAUAUAAAAAUCUCUGGGUGAUGAUCCAAAGACGUCAAGAUGGUUCAAUAAAUUUCUAUCGUAGCUGGGAUCAUUAUAAACAUGGUUUUGGUAAUCCAUUUCGAGAAUUUUUCAUUGGUCUAGAUAAGAUUCACUAUCUUACGAACAGUGGUCCUCAUGAGUUGCUAAUUCAGUUGAAAGACUUUAAAGGCAAUCUUAGAUAUGCGCUCUAUGAUGAAUUCUUGGUGGGCGAUGAAAGUGAAAAAUAUCAAUUGAAAAAGUUGGGAAGUUAUAGUGGUAAUGCCAGUGAUCAUUUGAGGAGUCAUGUGGGCAUGUAUUUCUCCACUAAGGAUAGAGAUAAUGAUGCGAGCCCCAAUUUACACUGUGCCAAAAGUUUUCAAAGCGGUUGGUGGUAUAACAACUGUUUGACAAGCAAUUUAAAUGGACCCUUUCGUACACGUUAUGUUAUCAGUAAUAUUGGAAUAACAUGGGGAAAAUUUGAUGAACUGCAGCUUCAAACUGUCCAAAUGAUGGUGCGUUUAAAAAGUUAAAAAUAUUUUAUUGCGAGUUUAAUUUAAAUACUAAUACGUUUUAUUUAAAAAAUGUUGCACAUUUAUAUUUAAUAAAUUAUGAAAUAAAUUUUACUUUAAAAUUAA